AUGCCUUCGAUCCGUCAACAACAGGAAGUUCCCCCCGCCGCCGACGUCCCCGCUGCCGAGGCCGUGCCUACUCCCCAAGAAGUCGAAGAGGCCCUCAAGACUGAGCCGCCUGCGACUGAGGAGGUUGCCGCUACCACUGUCACCGAGCCCCUUGCCGACGACGUCAACAAGCAGCCUACCGUGACUCACGCCGAGGCUGGUAACGCUCACGUUGAGGAGGAGCCGGCUACCAAGGUUGACGGUACCCAGGCUGACAAGCCCGCCGAAACCGUCCCUGCUACCGAGGAGGCUGCCAAGCCCACCGAGACCAAGGAGGAGAAGAAGGACGACAAGAAGUCUGCCACCAAGGCAAGUCUCGACAAGGCUGAGAAGGCCAAGGCUGAGGGUAAGGGAUUCUUCGCAAAGCUCUUCGGAAACAAGGACAAGUCUCCCAAGAAGGAGAAGAAGAAGACCCCCAAGACCGAGAAGGCCGACCCCGUUGCCACUGCUCCUACCGAGACCACCGAGCCUGCCCCUGCCGCCGCUGAGCCUACCCCCGCUCCUGCGCCCGAGCCUGAGGCCGCUCCUGUUGCUGAGCAGCCCAAGGUUGAGGAACCCAAGACCGAGGAACCCAAGGCCGCCGAGACUCCCGCUCCCGAGACUGAAGCAGCACCUGUUGCUGAGGAACCCCAGACCGCCGAGAAGAAGGAGGAAGUCUCCAAGCCAAACCUCAAGGCCCACCGAAGGCUGUCUGCUAGGAUCGGCGACAUCUUCAAGCCUAAGAAGUCUGGUUCCGCAAGUCCCACCAAGGAAGAGGCCCCCAAAGAAGACACCCCUGCCACUGUCUCCGAGGAGACUCCUGGUGUCGCUUCCGAGGCCCCUAAGCUUGAGGAACCUGCUGCGACUGAGCCUUUGAAGCUUGAGGAGGAGCCCAAGGCUGCCACCGCCCCUGCUGCGGCUCCUGCUGUCGCUGCUUCUGCUUGA